GUGGCCGGGGGCGCGCAGGCGCAAUCAUUUAGCAGGUUGCCGGUAUCAUGGCUGGGGACGGGGCGGUGAGCGUUGAGGCUCUGAAGGAGAAAAUACAGCGGGAACUGAAAGCUGAACACGUGGAGGUGGAAGACACGUCCCCCAAUCACUGCUCCACCAGCUUCAAGGUUGUGGUGGUGUCGCCUCUGUUUGAAGGGAAGCCUCUGCUGCAGAGACACAGGUGAGGAAGAGGAGCAUUCUGGGUAC